GGUGUGCAUCUUUGUCUGUGAGGGUUCUUUGUGUAUUUAUCAAAAGCCAGCUGCCACUCGGCAAAAUUGCAUGGGUGUGGGCAGGGGGGCAUAUCUAAGUUCCAAGAAAAACACAUUGUACGUGUUUCCUGUCAGGAACCUGCUUUCUGAGGCCAGGGACAGAGAGAAAUAAGGGCGGGCAGGCGAAAUGUACUGGAGCUGUGGUUCUGUCUCUUGGGAUUUUACCUAAAGUGAUUUAGAAAUAUCGUCUACAAACUCUACACAGUUUUUUUUUUAAAUUAUGUAAUAAAUUUUAUUUCGAUGGAAGACUUUCAAAGAACCUUGGUCAGCUCUUGUGUAAAAGUUUACUUGUGCACCAAUCCUGAAGAUUCUGUGGAGGAGAGAAGAUCUCUCAGGGAGGAUGUUUUCCCAAGAGUGAGAGACUACUGCCGAUGUGCUCAUGGUUUGGAGUUCAGGGUAAUCGACCCAUAUGAGGGGCUUGAACUGCAGGACGUGUUGGACCCCAGGAGACAGCAGGUCCGGCUGCAGCUGCUGGAGGAUUGCAGGAAGACCUCUGCCGGACCUUUCCUUGUGGCCCUGGUUGGGAGGCAAUAUGGUAGCACAGGCCUCCCUGUGCAGGUGGAGGUCUCUGAGUUCCAGCAAAUUCUGCAGACUGGCCAGCAGAUGGGUAUAGACACCCAGGUCCUGGAACGCUGGUACUGCAGAGAUGAGAACAACGUACCGCCUUCCUUCUGCCUCUUUGACCAUCGCCAUCAUGAUCAGGCAGAGGUAAAAGCCAGCAAAAUUCAUCUGCAAGAUGUGUACCAGGAAAUGAGGAUCAUUUUUCACACCAUUGUGACAAGAUGCAUCCAGGAAGGAAAUAUAACCUCAGAAAAGGCACAGAAAUAUUUCAGAUCAGCUCUUGAUGAAGAACUGCACUUUGCAUUGGAAAAUCGUUCCAAGGAGGACAUUGCAAGAUGCCUCUGCUACGUCUACAAAAUCACCAGGAAGCAAUGCCGAAGAAAGCCCCUUAUAGGCCUUAACCCUAAUCUGAAGGCCUCUUCUGAUGAUCCUCUAAGCAAUCUCCGUGACCACUUCCUGCCUGGUCUUGUCACUUCCUGUCAGCUCCAGGUGUACACUACCACCUCAGUAAGUGAGCUGCAUUCAGGUGACACCACCGAGAUGAGGAGGUGGUACACUGAAGGAUUGUGCCAGCAGCUCUACAAAGAUCUGCUGAACCUCAUCAACUCUACUGCUGCCAGGAAGAGGCAUCGCUUUGAUGAUGCACUUUCUCAGGAGCUUGUGCAGCAGGCCAACCUGUGCCAUAUCUACUCCAGUCUUUACAGAGUCAAUUGUGAAGAGGUCCAGCAUGUCAAAGCCUACCUGCAGCAGAAAGAGACAGAAUAUCCACUCGUCCUCUUCGGGGGGCCUUGUACUGGCAAAACCGUACUUCUGGCUUAUUGCGCCAGUCAAGUGCGUACUUGGCUUGAUGGACCAGACCCUGUGAUGGGUGUUUAUUUUAUAAAUGGUGGCAAUAGUACUAUGGAACAGCUUCUCACCAGUAUAUGUAAUCAGUUAGGUAAAAGCUAUUACCAGCCCCAGCAUCACUUACCAUGGGAUGUCAAUCAACUGAAAAAAGCUUUUACAAACCUGAUGAUCAUGGCCUCUUCAUCAUCACAUCUCUUGGUCCUUAUCUUAGAUGGAUUGGACCAGGUAUCAGGAGCUGAUGGACCUCAGAGUACCUGGUGGCUCCCUGCAUCCCUACCUGUUAACGUCAAGCUCAUCAUUUCCACUGCGCCAAAAAAAUCAGGCACUCUCCAGGCCCUCAAAGCACUUUACCCAGAGUCCUCUCUGUUCCUGGAAGUGAAAUCAAAGGACAGAAGGGACUGUAGCAUAAUGCUAAAAAACCUCCUUUUCUCCUGCAGCAGGAGAAUAACUUCAGGACAGCAGAUGCAUGUCAACAAGGCUCUGAAAGAGUGUUCUCUCCCACUUUACAUUGAGCUGUUGCACAGGCAGGUGUGCAACUGGAACUCAUCACUGGACGUCACAGAGGAGUCCAUAACCAAAGGGGUCCAUGAUAACAUCAAGAUGUUUCUGGUUCAGCUUGAGCAAAACCAUGGGAAAGAGCUGGUCUCCAAGGCAAUGUGUUACAUCACCAUAGCCAAAUCAGGCAUCACAGAGGCUGAGUUAACUGACAUUUUAUCCUGUGAAAAUGAUGUGCUUUCUCAGUUCUUCCCAGCAGGCAAAGCCCUGCCCUACAAGCUGCGGGUUCCAGAGGCUGAGGUGGAGAGUAUGCUACAAGACCUGAGGGGAUUCCUAAUGAAGAGGAACAUCUCAGGUUUCCAGGUUCUCUUUUGGCCCAGCAGACACUUCCCUCUAGUCAUACAUAAGCUCUACCUGUGUGCUGCUGAAACAGUGAGAGACACACACAGCACACUGGCUAACUAUUUCAGUGGUCAGUGGGCAUAUGGCAGGACCAAGCCGAUGGUUAUCAGCCAAGUUCAUGUCACAGAAACUGAACAUCUGAGUACACCACAAGUUAAAACUUACAUCGACAGGCAGAUUCCAGGGCAGCCCUGGGUCUUUGACUCCUCCUCUAAGCAGAUACAUGUUAAUGUAAGGAAGCUUCUGGAAUUGCCCUUCCAUUUGAAAAAGAGUGGCAGGUUAGAGGAACUAGUCAGGGAAGUGAUGAUGUCACCUGGGUUCCAUCAGAGUAUGCUAAGGGUGGGUCGCCUGGAAGGUUUGGUGAGUGACCUCAACGAGACCUCUAAGUUCAUGUCCAGCAGGGAGCUUGGGUUCCUUGCCAGAAUUGUAAAGGAUGCAGCCUGCUUGCUCCGUGACUCCCCCAGUGGACUAACAUCUGUGAUGCAGGCUAAGCUGUUCCCAUUCCUGAAUGUUUUACCAGAACUAGAGAGCUACGCAAAGCAGAUCUACCAGGAAGGAGUCAGAACCCAAGGUGUGAAUGUGUUGUGUUCCCCUGUUUUAGCAGUGUCCUCCACCUGCUGGACUCCACCAGAUGUGAAGGCAUCCCCCAUCAUGGAGGUGGUGGACACACAAUGUGACAUGGUGGUUAUAAUCCUUCAUGACAGUUCCAUCUGGGUAUGGAGUGAGAAUUUUGUAGGGGGUUAUAAACCCUUUAGUUUGUCUGAAUUCAUCAUUUCAAACAUCAAAAGUGAAGGCAAUUUUCUUCUGUUGUCUACACAAUGCAGUAGGAUCCUGUUGUACAAUCUGAAAGAACCCUUGUAUAUUUGUGAAUUAGACACUGAUAGAUCUGUCCCCAGCUCACCCAGAAACCCAGUCUUCACACCUGGGGGGUUUUUACUUUCUGAGAAUAGGAUCAUUUUGUGGUACAAAUGUAAAAACUACAUUCAAAUCUUUGAUAUUAACACUGGCACAAAACUAAUGGAGCUGCACUGCCACCACAAUGUGACAUGUGUGUCAUGCUCCUAUGAGGGACAGUUCAUUUUCUGUGGGCAGGACACAGGCAGAGUCUCCAUAUUUGACCUCCAAAAUAACUGCCACCUUACUACUUGCACCGGAUCCAUGGAAACAUCCAUUAUGGAUGUGCUUUGUUGUGAGGAAAAGCAUUUGAUGGUGUGUGUGGACAGAACCGGAAACGUGUUUGUCUGGAACAUUAACCCCAUAACAAAUCCCGAACUCAGAAAAGACUUCUCUAGCCCUAAUAACCAAGACGAGGUCUUAAACACUGAGCAUUCAGUGGAGAACAGCAUCUUCCUUGUCUGUAAGAGACACCAAAUUGUACUCUGGGAUACUCAUGAGUGGACAGUGGAUGACCAAUUCAAGGCACCUCAGGACAAAACAUUUAUCCAAGCUGUGCUGGCCAAAGAGGGCCUCCUUAUCAUUGCUUGCCUUGAGGACUGCCCAUUCUUGCUGGUGUGGAAGAGGACCACUGGUCAGUGUGUUUUGAGCCUGGAUAUCAAACACUCCAAAGCCCUCAAACUUCUGAAAAUGGGGUCAGACUUGUUAGCUGUGACUGUCAAUGGAAUUAUUACCACCUGGGACAUGGAUUUUAUUUGGUCUGCCUCUGUCACCUCAAAAACAGGAGUAAAGGUUAAAGAGUUGCUGGUAGAAUCUACAGGGGAGCAUUUCUACACAAUAGAUGGGACUGAGCUGGUGUGGAAGUGGGGGACACUUAGCAACAAGGCUGAGGGCCGCUACAUUCAUGAUGGUCCAGUGGACACCUUCACUCUCUCCAUGGACUGCCAGCAUCUGGUGUCUGCAUCCUCAGGGGACAUUUACAUCUGGCAGACUACCACAGGGGAAAACCUUCACCGUAUCCAUGGCAGUCAUGCAUCUUCCUUGCUAAUCACCCCCAAGGGCAACUUGGCUGUGUCCCUCUGUAAGCAUGAUCUUUCUUCUGUGUGGAACCUGAAGAGUGGGCGCGUGGUGUGCAAUGUUCACCUGCAUCUAAACCAUGCUGUCAUUUCCCCUGAAAGCACAUUCAUCCUUGGCCUACACAAUUUUGACCUCCUGGCAGUCAGUCUGUGGUCAGGGUAUGUCAGCAAGAGGUUUUCCUGUUCUGGACCAGCUAAAGUCAUUGCCUUCCAGCCUCUACUGGACUAUCCAGACUACGUUGUCUUGAUCACCAUAUCUGGGAAUCUGUAUACCUGGAAAGUUACAGAAGAAACUGUGUGUAAGCACGUUCAUUUACCUGGUGCUCCCCUGAUCAAGCCAGAGCUGUUCCAGAUCUCUUCCAAUGGAAGCUAUGCUAUUCUGUCCACAGCUGGAGCAAACAUCAACAUCUUAGACACUGUUAAUGGAAAAUUGUGCUCCCUGCAGGCGGAAGGUGACAUCCUGAUGGUUUGCUUGGACUUGACUGGAUGCUAUGUUGUCUUAAUUUUUGAUGCUGAAAACCCUGAUGACUGUAAUUGUGAUCUCCACUCCCAGCCGGUUCUGAGUGCUGUACGCAUUUCCAAUGGGAAGACUGUGGGCAGGUUUUACCUAUGUAAAGCUCCCUCUAUUCUAAGCCUCUCUGAAAAUCUCUGUGCAUAUGUAGGGUUCAUUGAUGGAUCAGUGGGGGUCUAUGCCAUUUCAGAUACAGCAGAGAGCAGCUUGAUGGUUGGAAAAUGCCUACGUUCGAUUGGACAACAGAAGCCCUGUCUUUAUGAGGAGCCCCAUUGCUGGUUGCCUCUGGAAAAGCCAAAUAUCACAUGGACUGAUCCUCAUAUUUAAAUGUUGUAGUGUUGAUGAGAAAUAAUGCCGCACAAAAAGGAAGAAUCCAUUAUUAUUAGGGUUACAGUAAGAACCGAGGCCAAUGGUUAUUUCAUAAUGCAAGCCAUAUUUACAUCAAUGGCUUUCAAAUUUUUAUCAAACUCCAACAUGUGCAAAGACAUAAGACAGCAGGGAGCCACUCGAAGCUGCAAUUGCUGUAAUGUAUUGACAAAAUGUUCUGUGGUUUUUCUUUUGUGUAAGUCACAGUGUCUGUUCUAAUGUAUUUUGUAACUACAGUGGGGGGACUCAUGGUUUCAGUAUUACUUGUGGGUCAUGUUUGUUAGAAUCUUAGAAUUGAUAGGUUGGUGUAAAUGCACAAUGAUGAUAUAAACACGUAAUUUGUAUCUCUGUUUUAGCUUCUACGCAAACAAAUGCUAAUCAAGUGCAUUUGAUCUCUGUGCUCUGGUUGUGCUACGAUGAGCCGGCCCUACACACAUCCAUGCACACACUGAUGCCUGAAUUGUUCUGGUAAUCAUUAUUGUGAUAUGUAUUGAAAACUGUAAGAAAAAUCUACUUCGCUUUUUGCCUUAUCUCUGUGUAGUGGUAACCUCCAGCUGACAAUCCGAAGUGUGGCAUUGUGGGUUUGGGACUACGGGUUUCUUUCUUUCUUUAUUUCUUUCUUUGCAAUAAAGCCUCCCAGAUGUGC